GUAUUGGCCGCAACGCCGUAACGUCGCGACGUCUGGAUACCGCCUCUUUUGCCUACGAUAUUUACGUCUCCAACGAAAACCGUCAAGCGCGAUAUCGAAAAAUGAGACACCGGUUUGAGCUAGUAAAAAGUCAUUUCAGUCUUCCGAGAUCGGCGCCGCUCCGUAUUACUCCGGUUAUCGCACGACCACGGCCGGAAGUAUAGCGGAUUUCGCGAAAAGGAAGACAAAUGUAACCCGACGCGGGGCGGUGCAUUUUGGCGAGAGAAUAACCUCGCCGAAUCAGUGUGCAAUCUCAAGUCAUAGUGAAUGCAAUGUCAAAGUGAUCUUUGCAAUUGAUCGAACGACAGACGUGUAUCAUCCAUCAUGCAGAGACCUGGAUUGCAGUUCGUGACUUUACUGUUAUCCUCGUUGACGGUGAUAAGGAUAUCGGUGGUCUCAGGACUUUACUUCCCGCAAUCGGAUCUCACUCUAAAGUUCCCGUACUCGGCUGAGCUCAACGAGGUCAAAUUAAUCGGCCUUAGGACCCUCCGGAACGAUUCCGCUAAGCCGCAAAAUGUGGAGUACCAGAUCCUCAUGCCGCGCGAAGAGCCGUCUCUGAUUUACCUAGGAAAUAAAAGCGACGUCAUACUGCGGAACUUGCCGAGAAAUGGUCCUCUCGACGUCAUCAUCAAAGCGACGGAAAAGAAUUUUGGAGAAGCGGUGCUCGAAAUAAAAGUACAGCCAGUACCGGUGACGGGAAAAACAAUCAAUUGCGCAGAUUUCGUGCAGAACAUGUGCUUCUGGAACACGUCGAGAUACAAGAUUUACGAGAAUCAACCAGUCAACAUGAUUGGCAUGUUCGGCCCGGAGGCAUACAGCUACGUGUGUCCCGAAUUUCGUGUCACCAGAUAUGAAUUAUUGAAUGGAACAGACUAUUUUCACGUAGACGACGGUAAAUUGUUUGCAAACGCGUCCUUAGACCGAGACGUUAUCGGACCUCCGGGGGGACCUGGACCUCACGUCAAGGUCCAGGUGAGAUGCGUUGUUUGGGAGAAAACGGGGACGCAGUACGUACAAACGGAAGUCCUUACCAUCGACGUUCUGGAUGAGGACGACAAUCCUCCGAUAGCGCAAAGAGAAACUUCCAUCGCUAUAACGCUUAAGGAUUUCUCCAAGGAUUCUGAAUUGGUAGACCCCAAUCUUUUGGUCGUGAAGGAUGCGGAUGCGGUGACCACCAACCAGUACAGCGUACGUCUGCUUGGCGAUAUCUCCAACGCGUUAAGCAUGACUUACAAUAUUCUGCCGAUCGAGCACCACACGCGCCCGGAUCAAGUACCUUCCACCGGCAUUUUUCCCAGGAUCGUCGCCAACAGAACGCUGCUGCCGAAAUCACCGUAUCGCGUAGUCCUCCAGGUCACGGAUGAGUCGCUCCUCGCGGGAUACGAGCCGAAUUUGUUGAAUAUCACUAUAACUCUUUCGGGACCGGUACACCAAGCUUUAACAACCGCAGUGCCGUCAGCUGUCCCGAUAUUUUCAUAUCCGACGAAUGCGAAGAUAGCCCGGAUUUCGCCCAGAUAUCUACGCGUGGCGAAGCCUAGUGUGAAGCCGCAUCCGUCAAUAGCUUUCGUCCUGAACGGCUCGAGUGCCUUCAACGUCACCCAACGGGACGGCAUCGUUUACGUGUCCAAUGAAACUAAGCUACGAUCCGAGCCCAGCAACGUUCAACUGAAAUUAAAAUGGAUCGGAGCAGAUGGUACCGCGACGACCAAGACGCUGCGAGUGAAUCUGGUUGAUGUGUCGCAAUCGAAGAUCGUCACGUGCGGAUCGGCUUCAGACGAAAUGUACUCAUGCGCGUUCGCAUUAUCUCGUGAGAUGUGUGAAAAGUCCUGUGGAAUUGGUAGCGGAGUUUUCAGUAAGGGCAGUUUUAACGGUCGAUGCGUUUGGAGGAGCAACAACGCUACUCAAAUGUCGGAAUAUUAUUCCACCUGUUCUCCGAAUCUAUCGUACUGUCCGGAUAACGAAUGCGACGAACUGGAGCGCAGCGUUCCGCACAUGUGUCCGCAGGACUGCACCACCGAAUCUGACGCUCAUUUCGCUCACAUGAACAGCGACGGCCGCGGCAUAAAAAGCGGCCUGCACACUUGCAUCUGCGACGAUCUACUGCAGUGCACCUGUGGGAUCAACUCCUUUUUGCAAGUAGGAAAUGACGUGUCCGGAACGACAAGGGAGGCCAGAGGAAAAUUACGUAAUCGAAAUGACAUUGUCGUGUCGGGUGCGCGUAAAGCGUCCAGUGGACCGUGUGGCCCCACGUGCAUGAUGGGUGUUAUUGGGGCUAGUCUGUUUGUAUUGAUCGUGAUUGUGGGGUCAUUCGUUAUGUGGAGAUAUAGGAUGGCGGCGAAGGGCGCUCGACGGGAAUGCAAACACAGGGUGGACGAUGCGGCAAAUGGUAUUGGUAUUUUGCCGUCCGACUACAUCGAUCGUGGCGAUGGUCUCCUGAUCGGUCUGGAUACGUUCACGGCGGCGAAUCGUCACUUAUUGUUACCGAAGACAUGUCCGCCGGACCCAAAGUGGGAAUUUCCACGAUCGCUCCUGAAGAUCGAGCAGGUGCUGGGCGAGGGCGAGUUCGGGCGCGUUUUGCGCGCCAAGGCCAUGAACAUCGGCGGAAUUUCCGGCCCUACGACCGUCGCGGUGAAGACCCUGAAGGAGGACGCGUGUGCCUCCGAACUGGCGGAUCUGCUGUCUGAAUACCAGCUGCUGAAGGAGGCGCAACAUCCGAACGUGAUUCGGCUGCUAGGUGCUUGCACGACACCGCCGGGAGCGCCCGUCUACCUCAUCAUCGAAUUCGCCGAAUUCGGCUCCUUACGUAACUAUCUGAGGCGCAGCCGGCACUUGGAGUCGGAGUGCAGGAUACCCGCACCGACGUCUCUGCUUUCCACUUCGCCGAUCAACGUCAGCGAGGAGUGUAGCGAUAAUGCAUUGAACUAUACUAUAACGCCGCGCGAUAUUCUCUCGUUCGCCUGGCAAAUAAGUAAAGGGAUGGCGUAUCUUGCCGAUAUUAAGUUGGUGCAUCGGGAUCUUGCGGCGAGAAAUGUUUUGCUUGCAACCGGGAAGGUUUGCAAGAUCUCGGACUUUGGUCUAACUCGCGAUGUAUAUGAGGACGAUGCGUAUUUGAAACGAAGCAAGGGACGAGUGCCGGUAAAAUGGAUGGCACCGGAAUCCCUGGCCGACCAUGUGUACACCAGCAAAUCGGACGUUUGGAGCUUUGGCGUUCUCCUGUGGGAGUUGGUCACGUUAGGAGCCUCCCCGUAUCCUGGAGUGGACGUGCAUAAUCUCUACAAUCUGCUGAAGGCCGGUUACCGUAUGGAGAAGCCAACUAAUUGCUCGCAUCAGUUAUACAAGUUAAUGGUGUCGUGCUGGCAUCAAGAGCCCAGUAUGCGGCCGUCGUUCAAGGAACUAACCAGCCAUUGGGAACGCAUGCUGGAGGAUGGUGUAGAGUAUCUCGAUCUUAAUCCACGAACCGUCCAUAAUCAAGCCUACUUUGCGUCUCUGCAAGUCUUGGACGACGACAAUGGUUCUAGUAACGAUCAGGUGGACAACGGGAUUGCCAACGGAACUCUAAAGACGGACACUGUCAACUACCUCGGCCGGAUAUCUUCCGAGCCUGUCACUAAGUGCGACAAAGUGGAUAAGCUGCAGGCGCUCUGGCAGCCGUCCAUAGCGUCCUUCCCCGAGGAGCCCAUGAAGUCGCCUUACGUGAACGAACGACCUGCGAGCUUGAACGCCAAUCAUUAUGAAAGCCCGAUAAAGCUGAGGAAUGUGAGCGUGGCCAGUAACAGCGAGAACGACCUAAGAACGCCUUCCAACGAACGUCCCCAGUCAUAUAUCGAUAUGCAAGGGAAGAAGUCGACGGAGACGGAGGACCUUUUGGUAUUUGGGAGCGUAGACGACGACAAGAACGACAAUAACGUGACGAACUGAUCUACGUAAAUCUCACGUUGUACACUUGACAAAUGAGAAAAACAAACCAAAACUGAGAAAACAUGAGUUUUCUGAGUCUCGACGAGCUUUCGUUGUCUUGGAACGGACAGGCGAUGAAUGAAAGGAAAUAAAUGUAACCUGAUUGAGGGAACAAUUGUCGAUCGCAAAUUAUGCGAGAAAGAGAGGAUUAUUUAUUUAACGAGGGAGUAUGAGAGAAAUUUGUGUGCGAACAAUUGGAAGCGAAUGAUUUGCGUGAUACGAGAGCGCCAUUGUUUGUGGCAAUCUGCGAGAAUUGCGAGGAACAACGAUGACAUAAUAAUGUGAUGGAUAAAUAAAAAUUUGCAAUUUGUAAGAAAACAAAUAUCAACUCCGUGGAGUUGAAUAAGUCGCGAUUCAAAUUAUAUCGCGCAGAAAUAAUUCCUGAAUGAUUUCUUAAUCGAACGAAGCGCUCUAUAGGAAGUUAGUGGUAAAUUAUAAUACCAAGUGUAAAUUAAUGAUUAAUUUGCCAUGUUUUUAUGUACUUAAAAGUCGUACGGCUGUCUGUCGAUCAUCAUUGGUAAAGCCGCUUUUAAUACUAUUGAUAGUACUUAAUAGUUACGUAUUAUAAUCAUUCGUGCAAUUUCUUAAAAAGACGAUCGUAUUUUCAGCAUUUUAAAAUUGUUCUGUACGUCACGCUAUGCAACUGUGAUGCGGUUUGAGAAUAGUUGCUCAUCGAGAACAAGCUUUUCAAACUGAGGGCCAUAAAUUGUUUCCUAACUAUCGUUAACAGUUUUUCUGUUACAAGUACAAGCUUUAAUGGCGCAAACAAGUGAGAAAACAUUUUCACAGUUAAUUUUCAAAAUUUCACCCGAGGCGCGUAAUUUACGAGCGAUAUUAUCGCUAACUCGUUUGAGGAAGUUUGCAGAUUUGGUCUUCCAUCAAAUCUUUCUUGAUAGAUAGAUUCGUGGUUGUGAAAUUGUACGGCACCUCCUAUUCAACUUGAAACUUAAUCGUCACGCUUCCUUUCGAAACGAGAUACUUUCUAUUGUCGCACUAGCUUAUGUGGCUUUCGUGUGUCCGACACAACGAAGCAGCGGAUCGCACGCAGAACGAAGUGAUACGACCGAAGCGUAAGAGGUAUAGUAUUUUUUACGAGACGUGUGUGCGCGGGCUCCGGUUGGGCGCGACGUCAUAUCCAAAGAAGACUGUGUUUCGCCGUACCUCACUGGGAACGGAAUCGUCCCUUUUGUAUUUAUGUAUAAGACGCAACAUUCCACCCACGAUUAGCUAGUUAUUUAUCGCAUAGAUUUUACAACACGGCUGCGUAUGAUUUCAGAUUUUGACUCUUAUCAUGUUCAAUGUUUCUUCCCCUUGCCUUUUUAAAAUACUCCGGGGCGUUAACAACGAUGUGGAGCACGCGCGUAACGAGCCGAUUAAUAUUGUGCCAUAUUAUUUUCUUGUAACUGAUAUAUCACGAAAACAUAUAAAAGACGCUUUCAAACGAA